AUGAAUCCUCUCCUGAUCCUGGCCGUUGUGGGAGCUGCUGUUGCUUUCUCCACUGAUGACGACGACGACAAGAUCGUGGGGGGCUACACCUGCAAGGAGGGCUCCGUCCCCUAUCAGGUGUCCCUGAACUCUGGCUACCACUUCUGCGGAGGCUCCCUCAUCAGUAACCAGUGGGUGGUGUCCGCCGCUCACUGCUACAAGUCCCGCAUCCAGGUGAGGCUGGGAGAGUACAACAUCGAAGAGGUGGAGGGGAACGAGCAGUUCAUCAACUCCGCCAAGGUCAUCCGCCACCCCAGCUACAGCAGCCAGACCCUGGACAAUGAUAUCAUGCUGAUCAAGCUGUCCUCGACGGCGACCCUCAACAGCCGGGUGUCCACCAUCUCCCUGCCCAGCUCCUGCGCGUCCACCGGCACCCAGUGCCUCGUCUCCGGCUGGGGCAACACCCUGAGCUCUGGAAGCAACUACCCCGAGCUGCUGCAGUGCCUGAACGUGCCCGUGCUGAGCCAGGCCAAGUGCGAAGCCGCGUACCCUGGGCAGAUCACCAGCAACAUGUUCUGCGCUGGCUACCUGGAGGGGGGCAAGGACUCCUGCCAGGGCGACUCUGGUGGCCCCGUGGUCUGCAGCAAUAAGCUCCAAGGAAUCGUCUCCUGGGGCUAUGGCUGCGCCCAGAAGAACAAGCCUGGCGUCUACACCAAAGUCUGCAAAUUCGUGGACUGGAUUAAGAAGACCGUGGCCAGCAACUAA